CCCUUCCUUUUCCUUUCAUUGUCCCUCACUGUUUUUCCCAAAAAAAGAAAAUUAAAGCUUUCAAUCUCUUCAUUUUACUACACAAUCCAAUCAUCAGAUCUUUAACAUGGCUGAAGAAGAAUUCCAAGAGUCCGAGGUUAUAUUCUCCGACAACAUCAGCAACAUUCACGGCUCUCAUGACGAGGAUGCCGCUGUUAUUGAUGGCGGCUGCUUCAAUUACCGAGGAGGAUUUUCCAACAAGUCCGACGAGAACACCACCAAGAGGAAGAAGAAUAAGAAGAAGAAGAAGAAGGUGGUGGCUGCUAGUUCGCUUCCCGUCAACAUUCCGUGCGGUGUUUUCCAUUACGGCGGCCGCGGCGGAGCUUAUGAUUUCGAGGAAGAAGAUGAAGAUGAUAUGGAAGAAGGGGAAAUGGUGCCACCGCAUGUGAUAUUAGGAAGGAGAAUUGCCGGGAAAAUGGCGUUUUCCGUUUGUACUGGAAAUGGAAGGACGCUUAAAGGAAGGGAUUUGAGUCAAGUUCGGAAUUCGAUUCUUAGAAUGACUGGAUUUUUGGAAGCAUAACAACACCAUAACUCCAUUAUCUCAAAAUCUUCUCUUCUUUUUUCUUUUGAUUUUCAUUUCAGAAUUUCAGAAACGAAAUGAAAAAGAAACAAACAAACAAAAACCCGAUUGAUUUCCUUUGUUAAUUGUUGGGGGUUUUCUCUUUUGAUUCUUUUUAAUCAUUCAUUGUAACAGAACAGAAUGAAGAAUUAAUUAUACAAACACAUAAUAGAAUUUUCUUUUUUUUUUUUUGGAUGAA